AAGAAGCAAUAUGAAGUCCAUUAUAAUACUUUGUAUUUGCCUGUCCGUAGUUAUUGUUGCAUCGUCAGAGCAACAACAACAGCAGGAGGAUUCCCGGCGGAGGCUGCAGCGGCUUAGUUUACAACUCGUCGAUGACCGGGACGAUGAUGACAGUUCGCACAAACAUGAUCAUAACACUCGAGAUAGAAACGAUGACGUAGAAAGCAGUGAUAGAUACGACAAACGUGAUAGAAGUGACGACUCAUAUCAGAAGCGUGAUGACCGCCGUGAUAGAAAAGACAGACGUGACAGAAGCGACAGUCGGUUUGAGAGGCGUGAUGAUGAUCGCCGUGAUAGUCGUGACAGGAGUGAUAGACAUGAUAGCCAAAGGUCUGAUGACAGGCAAGACGAUGACCGUGACGAUGACUCUUCGCGCUCUUUGAGAUCAUACUAUGGUCAUUCGGUAAGUAAAAUUUAUUAUCAAUUUA